AUGAUGAGUUCAGAUCGACAACCACAAGCACGCCAUCAGCAUCAACAUCAACGUCAAGCACUACAACCACAAGUACGUCAUCAACUUCACCAUCAACCACAAGCACCUCGUCGACAUCAACAUCAACCACCAGUACCUCAUCAACGUCAACAUCAACAUCAACCACAAGCACCUCGUCGACAUCAACAUCAACCACCAGUACCUCAUCAACGUCAACAUCAACCACAAGCACCUCGUCGACAUCAACAUCAACCACCAGUACCUCAUCAACGUCAACAUCAACAUCGACAACAAUAUCACUAUCAACAACACUAG